GGAGUGAAGGGUUAAAUUUGGGAGGCAGCAUUUGGACCUCUGUACGGUGGGGGAGUCUCCUGUCCACGAAAUCGCGGCACGCUCCGGGGCAAAUCGUAGCGAAAACAUUCCACAUGAUUCCAUAACGAAUUUAAAUGCAAGAUUUAAAGUUUAAUUGUUAUUGUGCCAAAACUAGUGCCAGAAUUAGUGCAAACCCGAAAGACAUUGAGCUGCUUCAAGACAACGUUUGAAAAUGAGGAAUGCAGUCAAGAGCGCUUUAUAACGACACAGAACGGAGCAUGUGUGAGUGCUAAUCCUCUCCGCUGAGUUGACCCCCCCCCCCUGCUGCCUGUCACGUGAAACUGCCCCCACCCCCCUCCCCCCGGCUGCAGCCCCUCCCCCUCCACCAUGUCUGCAGAAGUGGAAAACGGCGUGUCCGUCCCGGCAGAAGCCGGCGCCCCCCCCGCGCCUGCCGGCACCCCGCCCCCGACCGGCACCCCCACCUCGCCCGCCACGGCGGGCGCCAAAACCCCCUUCAAGAAGGAGAAGAAGAAAGCGCCGGAGAAAAACGACGAGUACCUGCUGGCCAGGUUUCAGGGGGACGGUGUGAGGUACAAGGCCAAGUUGAUCGGCAUCGACGACGUCCCGGAAGCCAGAGGGGACAAGAUGAGCCAGGACUCCAUGAUGAAACUGAAGGGCAUGGCAGUAGCUGCUCGUUCCCAGGGCAAGCACAAGCAGAGGAUCUGGGUCAACAUUUCCAUGUCGGGCAUAAAGAUCAUCGAUGAGAAAACAGGAGUGAUAGAACACGAGCACGUGGUGAAUAAGAUCUCCUUCAUCGCCCGAGACGUCACCGACAACAGGGCGUUUGGAUACGUUUGCGGUGCCGAAGGACAGCACCAGUUCUUCGCCAUCAAGACCGGCCAACAGGCUGAGCCCCUGGUGAUUGACCUGAAGGACCUCUUCCAGGUCAUCUUCAACACCAGGAAGAAGGAGGCGGAAGCCACACAGAAGGGUGAAGGCAAUAAUGCAGUAGUUGAGAACGGCAGUGGUUCCUUGCUCGGUACUGACGGCCAGAAGAACGCAGCCAAACCGGUGGAGCAGCUGGACUUGUUCGGGGACAUGUCCACCCCUCCGGACCUGCACUCCCCCACAGAGACUAAUGACAUUCUGUUGCUGGAUUUGUCUGCUGAAUUUGACAGCAAUCAGAACUGUAUCAAGGGGAAUCCCUUUGUCAGUGGUCCUAACCCUUGGGCCGCCCCCCAGACAGAAAACCCCUUCUCCUCCACGUUUGGCUUCUUUCCAACCCCAGACACUGACCCUUUCAGAGAUGAUCCUCUUUCCAACCCCCCCACCCAAUCAGCACCGCUCGAUUCUCUGAUCUCACCCAAACCCUCCAAUCACAGCCAAGAAACCCUCUCUCACCUCGUUAAUAAGCAGCUGGUGAAGGGCGGUCUGAACGGAGACUCUGACCAGUUCGGUCAGCAGUUGAAUUGCCUGUCCAACAAGACCUUGAUCCUAGCGCUCAGUAACGGCCAGUGGCCACUAGGGGGCAUGAGGCCACAGGAGGACAGGAUUGCUGUGGAGGAAAACUGCAAUUUUGGACUGGUCCUCUCAACCCAAAACCCUUUCCUCGGGGGGGCAGUGAAAAGCACAGACCCGCCUAACGAUGCGAGCCCGCCGCCCCCCGGGUCUCGCGGCAAGGAUUCAGUUGUAAUCAGCCCGCCUCCACAAAGCAUUAAGACCGGACGAGGUCGAAGAAGCACCAAGUCUCCUGCCAACAACCUGUUUGGGACGGACCUUUUUGCCUCUCCCAGUCAGCCUGAAACACCGGGUGACCCAUCGGAUCUGUUUAACAGCCCCCCAGUCAACGCCAACACCAGCAACUCCAUAGCAGCACUAGGCAAUCUGAACCUGGGUCAACCUACAGCCCCAUCACCUUGGGGGGCUCCUGGCCCUAUGUUCUCAAUGCCAGGAGGGAUGCCUCAAGUACCACUCCCAGGUCCCCAGGCCCACUUCCCCCAGCCAUCAGCCUUUGGGGCCCUGCCUAUACCACCUCAAGCCUGGGGCCAGCCUGGGCAAGCCUGUUUUGGAGCUCCACCUGUCACCCAGCCCCAAGCCUGGGGCCAGCCUCCACCUGCAGUCCACAUGGGUGCGCCAGGUUGGGGCCAGCCCCCUAUGGUCAACCCCUUCCAGCCCGGCCCUUUCCCCAUGAUGGGCGGGCAGCAGGGGCCCCCGAGGCCCCCUCCCCGGCCCCCUGUCAAGGAAGCUCCCCCCAAGGUGGAGAACAGUGCCUUCACAGCCCUAGACCCCCUGGGAGAGAGGGAAAAGAAGAGCGGGAAGGACAUGUUCAAGGACUUCCAGCUGGCCAAGCCCCCCGCCAUCCCCGCCCGGAAGGGGGAGCCUCCGGGGCCUACGCCGAGCACCAAUGGGGACGGAGCAUUCGCCCAGUACUUUUCCAGCAAGGUGGGGCUGCCUCAGGACGUCGCGGAUCACGAUGACUUUGACAUCAACCAACUGUCACCUGCCAGCAACGAUGCUCCAAAACCUGCCCCGCGGCAGGCUGCUCCCAUGGCUCCUUCUGCUGCCCCUGUACCAACCACCAACCUGGGCCUCCUGGAUUCUGCCUUCUCCCCAACUCCAGCCUCAGGGAACAAUAACUUUGAUGAUGCAUUUGGGCCUCCCAACCUCUUUGGAGCACCUCCCCUGACUAUGGCGGCUCCUGUGGGACAAAUGUCUGGUGCUUCAGAUCCCUUUGCGGACCCCUUUGGAAACCCUUUUGCCUAAAUGUAGCCAUACCCUAUUUAGUGUCCACCUGAGAAGAAGCCGUGAUCUAAAACAGCUCAUGGUCACGAUUACCUGAAAGGGCUCCCACAACCAGCACAAGACAAUCCAGAUGAUCUAAAACUUUCAACCCUCAUCUGUCAACUUCACAACUGCCUUCUAAUGUUAACCUACUUAUAGGAGAACAUUCUUUAUUCUAUUGUUUCCCUGUCUUCACUCAUUCUUGAUAUUUUGUGUUCUAUCCAAUCAAUACUUUUCAGACUUUUUUUGUAAAUCCAAAUUAAAUGUAAAGAGGGGGAAAAUAAAUGUAAAAAAAACUAAAAAUGUAAACACUUUUCUAAGAAAUGUAAGUCCUCCUGAUUUAGCUUAAUAAAUUUAAAAGGGAUCAAAUUGGAAUUGAUGAAAUGUUGGAAAUAUUGACACUUGUAUUAAACGGAAAAUAAUGAAAUUA